AUGAGCUCGCUGGCUGCAUCAUUCAAAGACAGUCCACGUCAGAUACGCAAGAAGAUGGGCAAAGAAAGCUACAAUCUAACCCAGGCUGCAGAAGACGAUCCGUUCCUCAAUGGCAUUACUUUCCAUGUCACAUACCUGGGAUCUGGCUACCACCCCACUGGAGUUGGAGAAGGAUGCACAAACGAUGUGGUAACCGAGGUUUGGCGUCAAUCGCAGGAGUCACGAAACGUUGGAAAGAAGAUGUCUAUAGUAGUCACAGACAAAAGUCUGAAACUGAAAGAUAUGACCACCAAAAUGGUGGUAGAUGACAUUCCGCUGUACAGAGUUUCUUACUGUGGAACUGAUCGUCGGCACCGAGUUGUAUUCGCCUUCGUCGCAAAAGAAAUGGACACUGGAAAAAUGAAAGUGCACGUGACGAGAGCAGACAACGAAAAGAAGGUGCAAGCUAUGUGCAUGACAGUCAGCAGAGCAUUUAGCAUUGCUUACAAAUCUUGGCAAUACAAGAACAGAAAAAUUGCAAAGGACAACAGUCCACACUCGUCUCCUAAGGCCGUACGUAGAGACAACUUUGCCAAGGCACCUACAAACCCAUCGCCCACCCUGACAGCAAAGAUGGCACAACUCAAGCCUCCUUCCGCAGUGCCAGUAGCAAUGAUCCCAACACUGGCACCUCCACCAGCAUCACCAUCUCAAUUACGUGUCCAAAAAAUUCCAGUGAAACCAGCACCACAACAAAUCCAUGUAGUUCACACUGGGUCACCACUGAUUGCACCAGCUUCGACACAUAGAAAAGUUGCCAGUGAUACUGAUGAGAUCAAUGAUGAGUUCUCCAACCUCGCAAAGGCCAGAUCACACCCAGAUUUGCUGGAUUCUAAUACUGAUGAAGAAUUUAACAUGGCAACAGUCAAAGAGCAAGCUGACCCGGGAUCAGUAGAAAACUUGCUUGACCUCUAAACAAGCAAUUCUCUACAUUAGCGAACUGUCAGUGCAUUGCUACAGUCUUCUAUGUUUUGCUUUGCUUGUUUCUUAACUAGACUUCUCAUUUCAAUUUUGACGUCAUUUUCUAAUUUGCAACAGUAGCAGCACUACAGUUUUCAGAAGUAUACUUACUUAGCAAUAUGCUACACUUUCAAUAGAUUCUUACAUUAUUUCACAACA